AUGUUCAUCAAACCUCUAGACGUUGCCUCUCUCCCCGCCGCAACCUACCAAGACAAAGCCGGGAACGAUCACUUCGCCCUCCAGUCCCGAAAGCAGAAUGCCGUGCGCUCGCUUUUCAGCGGGAUAGCUUCCCUGUCGCUGUCAAACUCGCCAGACGCGGCGUACAGGCGAUCGCUCAUGGAAUACGAGUUCCGGAUCAUCUUGAAGUGUCCUAGUCGGAAGACGGAGUAUGUGGUGGCUGUCGACGAGACGUUUGAGAAGAUACAUACGGACUGGAACUGGGUGGAGCAGAAUCUGUUCAUGAAAUUGACGGAACUGGAAGCAUCAAAAGCUCCACCCACGCGUGAUCAGCUAGAUGCGCUGCUGGUCAGGCAGUUCGAUGAGCUGACGGACGAAGUGAUAGAUCCACGGGCAGUUGAGGUCCAAGCCAAGCUGUUCCAAGUCAGAAAAGAUCUGCUACCGAGUUUCCCAGUCCUCGCCGAUGAUGUCCUGCUCAACCUAUACGCUUGCACGUAUUGGAUCACUGAAAACACAUCGGCACGCGGGCAGCUAUGCAUCAGCAGAAACUACGCAUUUUUCCAGGGCGUUGACUCGAACAUUCCCACAGAAGCACAGGCAAAAGCACCGAAAGUCAAUCUCCUCGUAGCGUUUCGGGACAUGAUAUCCAUCGACAUGGUCAACUCCACGCGUGUGUUGAUGCCAGACAGCAUCCAAAUAGGGACCAAGCAGAAAAACUACGUGUUCUCCCUAUACUUCCACAGGAAAGAGGUAUAUCGGGCACUCUGUGUACUCGCCAACGCUGCAAUGAACCGGCUUAUCAAGGGAGCCGAGAACUCGAUGUCUGCACUGGCAGAUAUGUUUGGGAAAGGGAAUGUGUCCGGGGACCUGUCUGCCAACGUUGGAAAUAGGGGCGCCGGGAUAUUGACGAUGGGAAGGUCGAGGGACGAGUUUUCGUUCUUCUCGGGCAAAUCGGCCAGUCUUAUGAGUGAGGGAUUGGACGAAACGGAUUUCACGGAGCAGCGGAUCGACCGGUCGGCUGCUAGGGAUUCACCUGCAGUCAAUCAGCCGGAUGUGGCGGAUGCGGAAAAGGAGGACGCGCUGUCAUAUGCGGAACUGCAAGCAGCACAAUUGGCUGAUGAGCAGCAUCAAACGGCACUACGAUAUGCACACAUGACUGCAGCCACGAUCAGAACGAUAGAUGAGCUGGAUCGGCAACUCAGGAACCUCGAGUUCCGUCAGUUGUUCCGCUUGCCAUUGUCUGAAACCGUCUUGCUGGAAGAAACUUCGUGCAAUUACCACCACAAAGCCUUGUCCGCAAACGUUACUGGAAAGCUCUUCCUAUCCCGAAACUUCUUCAACUUCGUUGCCCUGGCGCCACUGCCGUCACAACCGAAUGCAGCAGCCCUGUCAAUGCUCUUCGACUCGCCCCAGGACCCAACCUUGUUCCUUAUCGUUCCAUAUCCCCACAUCGUCUCCGUCAAGAAGCUACCACCCACAGCCCUUCCUUCAUCCGGGAAGAUCACGUCAUUUUCGCUCUCAGGCUGGCUGGUGCUGACGACGAAAAGCAAGCAGGAAAUGUGGAUGUCAUUCUCGAAUCUGAAAAGCCGAGAUCGUGUCAGCGACAUCCUCCUGCAAAAGAUGAAGCAGGUCGAUUUCCAUUUCGAUGCUGAUUUCAUCAUUGGCGAACGGAAUGGCGUCUCCAGUAAACCCGCUGCCGUAGGGCCUGCGACGCCCGCUUCGUCCAGUCCCACAACACCGAGUCCGAUGGCUGCUAUGUUUGCCGCUAGUCCUGGGUCAAGUGGGCAUCUCGAUGAAUACUUCCAGAAAGUGCAAGGAGAUCCCCUGACAGGAGGCAGUGUCAGCGGUAUCAAGAUCUUGAAGGUCGGGCUCAAAGCCAUUUUUGACGACAGCGAGAGCGAGGGAUCCUACCCACAGGGCAUCAGACCCCGAGGCGGCACAGAAUGGAACGGGUAUUUUGAGACGAAUGGGAAGGACGUAUGCAUGAUUAAGGAUAUGAAGGCUUUGAGGGAGCUGAUAAUUAGGACGGGUGGGAUUCCGUACCAGUUUCGGGGUGACAUGUGGAUGGUAUGCGCUGGCGCAUGGUUUUCCCGCCCGGACCAUGAUUAUUACGAAAAACUUGUGCGGGAUCACGCAGAGGAGACCAGUGUCUUUGCAGAGGAGAUUGAGAAAGAUGUCAGAAGGAGUUUACCAGAACACCCCGCGUAUCAAUCCCCAAUAGGCAUUGAUGGUCUGCGCCGAGUGCUUACCGCCUAUUCUUGGCGUAAUCCAGCGAUUGGCUACGCUCAAGCGCUAAAUAUCAUGUCGGCCGUUCUUCUUCUCCACUUACAGGAGGAAGAUGCGUUUUGGCUUCUUUGCAUCAUCGUCGAACGCAUUCUACCUGACCACUACACCAAAACCCUCGUCGGCUCCGUCGUCGAUCAAAACGUGUUCUCAAAACUGGUCGAGCUGCACAUGCCAGCACUAUGGGCCCACCUCUCCAAACUCUACAUGGAUCUCUCCACCGUCUCUGUCCCCUGGUUCAUGUGUUUGUUUCUCAACACGGUUCCAUUACGGCUCGGCGUCAAAUUCCUGGACGCUUUCUUUGUCGAUGGACCGAAGUUCCUGUUCUGGGUGGCGUUGGCUAUUCUGAAAGUCAACGAGCCGCAGCUGAUAUCCCAAGGACGUGAUGAUGACGUGUUUAUGAGGAUUUUGAAGAACUUUUUCCAGAGGCUGGGGUUGACGGAAAGCGAGGAAGCGACGAAGGUGGAGGACGAAGAAGCAGUGGUUGACCCGUCGACAUUAUCCGGUCGAGCACUGUUCGAGCACCUGUUGUCUGUGGCGUAUGGGACAUUCUCGAUUAUUGUCACCACCGAGGUUCUCGACGGCCUACGGAUGCGGCAGCGGUUGACAGUGGUGCAUCAGCAAGAAGACACGAGCCGUAAAUCGCAGAUCCGAACGCUGUGUGAGCAAGUGUCUCUCACGUUUGAUGAGGUCGGCGUGGUGUACGACGAAGUCCGGAAGUAUGAGUUUGCGCGUGAGGAGAUUGCCGAGGAUCCGCGAGGCCCAACGGCGCAGCGGAGGGCUGAGGAAGAAGAGGAAGAAGAGCAAAUGCGGGCGGUGCUGAUAUCGCAGGGCGGGUGGGGUAUGUCUGGCGCGCGAAGUUCCGGGCACAAUCCUGGUACUGCAAAAAAGAAAACGCGCACACGCACGCAAAAGCAGCAGGAAGUCGGACAGAAGACUGUGGCGCUCAGCGAUUUCCGCAAAGUAUUUGGGGUCGUGAGCCCGUGGCGGAGUGCGCAGAGUGGGUCGGGGGUCAUGGGAAGCGGGAAAGUGAACGGAUCGCAGCGGGAUCUGUCCCGGCCUCUACAACGGCGACCGAGCGCCACGGCGUUCGCAAAGCCGAGUGGUGGGUUUGGAAGCACGCAGUCGCUGAAUUCGUCGUUUGGAAGCAAUAGCAGUUUGCGGAAUAGCGUGUCGACGGUGACGGCAACGGAGGAUCUGCAUGUCGGAUUGACGGAUCGAAUCUACUUCUAUUGCUCGCUUCAUUACAAUUUCUUGCAUACCGCUAAGCAACAUCGUGCGGCGGAUCAGAGCUCACCGUUGGCCCCUGCUCAAUGGCUGCAGGGAGGCGACGCGGACAAGGAUGCCGGAAAGGCCGCCGAGACUCCGGACAGAACCUCGUACAUCGUCGAUCUUGCAACGAUGGUCCACAUCUUGGACAUCACCAUGAAACAACCCUUACAUUCGCGGUUGCGUUUUUUGUUUGAUAUCCAUGAUCUGGACGGGGAUGGGUUCUUGAGCAAAGACGAAUUGAAAGCUGUCAUGGACAGUUUGCUGGAGAUGUUUGAGCGCGUGCGGAGGGAAGGCAGCAUGCCCAGCCCGGAUGCCUCUAGCCCGGGCACAGUUGGCAGUCCAUCGUCGGUGGAUACGAGCGAGAAAUCGCGCGAGAAUGAAGAGAUUUACCUGGGCGCCGUCAGCUCUUUCCUGAACACCGCCUUGAAACUCGGCAACAGUAAGACGAGUGAGGGAGGGCAGCCAUUGCUGAGUAGUGGCGCGGGCCAGUCUCUUCGCCGAUCGCAGAGCUCAGAGAUGUUUAGAGGCAGUUCGACUAGUUCGACUGCUGGGGAAUUGGGGACAGGGCUGCGGAUCCUCACAUCAGAUGGUGGUGGACGACGGAAGCCCGACGGGUCAGAAUCCCCAGGUGCGAUCCGAAGUGGACGGUCGUCCACGUGGCAAAGCGGGCACCGACGGAAAAGAUCGUCCUCGUUUUCGACUCCGAUAGAGCCCGUCUCUGCGAGCCCUCUGGGAGGAGGCCUGGACGGGGAGACGGGCGGGAGUGGGCCGAAUCUGACAGCCGGCGGUGAUGCGGCGGUGACGGACACAAGCCAGCCCUUCCGGCUCUCGUUCAACGAGUUCUUGUUGGCGGUGCUUUCGCAGAGCGUCUUUGUGCAGUAUUUCGAGAGGAUAUGGACCUUGUCGAGACUUGCGGCGACGGAUACGGGGCCUGGGAAGGUGGCUAUGGAGUGGAGGGAGGUUGCCAAGAAGUAG